UAUGGAUAUUUCGACGUGUGUAUAUUCAUUGUUUAAGUGCUUUUAACAUUUUAAGAGAAUGAUGAAGGAUGAAAUAGCAUAGUACUAUUAUAAAUGUUGUGUAUGAAAUGGGGAAAAUGCUGCAAGCCUAUGCAUUUUCAUUUUGAUUACUCUUAGAUAUCAUUAUAUUAUGUUAUGUCAAUGUAAGUAUAAACCUGCACAACAUUUUUGUGCAUCCCUAAUUGUCAUUCAGUGUAAUAAUUUUGUUUUCCAACCAUUUUUGGUGAUCAUUGGAUGUACUGCCAAGCUUCCAUGACAGUAAUACUUAUGAAUCAUGCAAAUGAUAUACUGAUCGGAGGCUGCAGUUUUAGCUGUAAGAAUUUAAAUCUUGGCAUCACUAAAACAAAAGUCACUCUGUAGGGCUUGAAGUUAACAUAUGCCUAUCAGUCCAUAACUGGUUAAACGUUUGGCAGACUGACUACAGUCAGUCUGGUCAAUUUUCUGAAACUUCAUUUUGCAAAACUCACUUGUCGAAUCUUACUUGCACAUUUGUACAGUCCUCUGUAUAUAUCGGGGAAACCCGAUUAGUGUAAAUAUAGAUCUCACAUACUAGCUGUUACAAUAUUCUCUGAGGCAUAUCAAAUAACAGAAAUCAAACAUCUUUAAUAAUUUCUGGAAAACUAUGGACUGGUAAUUUUUAUAUUUAUUUUUAUCCUUGGUAAUUUGUUUGAUUGGUUGAAAUUGUAUCCCAUCAGUCCAGCUGGACUGGUAACAUAAAAAGUGAGUUUUAAGCCCAGCACUGCUUGUAAUCUUGCUGUGUUGAUCUGUCUAAUUAAAGAAAUAAUGACAAAGAUCUUGAGGUAUGGAUUAGACCUGAAAAAUUCAUGUCAAGAAAAGUUGAAUUUUGAGAUUUCAAAAUAUAUAAUAUUUGCAAUUUUCUCUAAUACAGAAUCUUUUUCUUUUUUUCUUCUCUAUACAAAUUUCAGUGGUAUUUUGAAUUAUAUAUUUGCAUUAUAUUAUACCUUAAACUAUGUAGAUACACAUGAGUAUGCAUCAUAUACAUUUAUAAUCUUCAUUGAUGUCUUGAAAAGUCUCAUAGUUUGGAUCAUGAAUGAAAUGUAUGUAUGUUCAAGGUGGUAUCCAAUGAAAUACAGUAUUUUUAUCAAUGUAGUGAUGUAAAGAUGGAAAAUGCUGACCAUCUUUCUGUAAAUGUUGCUCAUAAUCUUUGGGCUGAUCCUCUGCAAACAGCGAGAUGAGUCAUGACUAUUGAUCAGAUUUCCUGCGAUUGGAAACUGGGCCAUCAGACUAACAUAACAACACCAAAAGUGGUGGGUUCUGAGCCUGUUGAUGCCGGGGAAGAGUUGACUGGUGCUGAGGUAGCCAGCAGACCAUGUCCGACAGCUUUGAUGAAGUGGAGAAGCCUCCAGCCCCACCUGUGAGGCAUACUAGUACAAGGGAUGGAAACUUGCCACAAGAAAACAAACCACUGCCAAAGGAACCUGAUGAAAGAAAAAAGACAAAAACUCCCAAAAGUUCAAAUGCAAAGAAGUUGAAAGAAAAUGAGAAGCCAAUCAUCUCGAAUCCCUCCAACUUUGAACACACAGUACAUGUGGGCUUUGACCCCCACACUGGAGAGUUCACGGGGAUGCCCGAGUCCUGGGCCAAGCUUCUGUCCCAAUCCAACAUCUCAAAGAUGGAGCAGAAGAAGAAUCCUCAGGCUGUCCUGGACGUCCUGAAUUAUUACGAUGCCACGAAUAAAGAGCAGCAAGAACCUAAGAUGAAGUACAUGACCAACAUCAAGCCACCAAGUGCUGAUUCCAUGCGUCCAACACUUUCAGACAAAUUCUCCAACAACGUUGUCAUCUCACCUAAGGUGGAGCAAGCAACGCAUGCCUCAGAGGAAGAAGAGGAGGAGGCUCCACCUCCCAUCGCCACCCGACCAGACAAAACAAAGUCUAUUUAUACAAAGCCAAUUGAAGCAGAAGAAAAAGCUAAUGGUGCUAUCGCUACAAAUAAAAAUGACAAACCCAAGAAACGGAAAAUGACAGAUGAAGAAAUUCUAGAAAAAUUACGGACAAUUGUUACUAUUGGUGAUCCGAAUAGAAAGUAUACAAAAAUGGAGAAGAUUGGACAAGGUGCGUCAGGAACUGUGUUUAUAGCAAUAGAGGUAGCCACCGGAAGAGAAGUGGCCAUAAAAACAAUGAACUUAUCUCAACAGCCAAAGAAAGAACUUAUUAUCAAUGAAAUUCUAGUGAUGCGGGAAAACCAAAAUCCCAAUAUUGUGAAUUAUCUGGAUAGUUACUUGGUUGGAGAGGAAUUAUGGGUUGUCAUGGAAUAUUUAGCCGGAGGAUCUCUUACAGACGUUGUCACGGAGACGUGUAUGGAUGAGGGACAGAUAGCAGCUGUGUGUAGAGAGUGUUUACAAGCAUUAGAAUUUUUACAUGAAAACCAGGUCAUUCAUCGAGAUAUAAAAAGUGACAAUAUUUUGCUGGGAAUGGACGGCAGCGUUAAGCUCACUGACUUUGGGUUUUGUGCUCAGUUAUCUGCAGAACAAAGCAAAAGGUCAACCAUGGUUGGGACACCUUAUUGGAUGGCUCCAGAGGUCGUUACUAGGAAACAGUAUGGUCCAAGAGUGGAUAUCUGGAGUUUAGGUGUAAUGGCCAUUGAAAUGAUUGAGGGAGAACCCCCAUAUCUGAAUGAAAAUCCAUUAAGAGCUUUGUAUCUGAUAGCAACAAAUGGUAAACCUGAAAUUAAAGAAAAACACAAACUCUCACCGGUCUUCCAAGAUCUCCUUGAUAAGUGUUUGGAGGUUGAUGUAGAGAAACGAGCUUCAGCUUCAGAACUUUUAAAGCACCCCUUCCUUCGAUUAGCAAAGCCAUUGGCCAAUUUACAGCCACUUAUAUUAGCUGCCAAAGAAGCUCAAAAGGGACAUUGAACAAGUUCAUCGUAUGCAAUAAUUUGUCUGUGUAAAAGGUUGAUUGAUCAAAAGCAUGAAUGGAAGAAACAGAAGUAGUUCUUUCUCUCAAAACUGUUAUUAAGGGACCUGUUUACUUGAAGUCUUUCAGUGACUCUGCUUCUGAAUGAGUGAUGUACAUGUUAGCUUUACUUGUCUUCAUGCCUGCUGGUAUUCACAAGGGAAAAUCCACUGUACUCCGUUACAUCGUGAUAUUGGUGACCUUUAUAUACAUUAAAUUUUUAACAACAUUCAAGUGUUUUGUAGAAAAAUCAUGGAUGCAAGAAAAAGUUGUAAUUGUUUGAUUUUAUUAUUCAUGAAUAGCUUUAAUGUUCAUUUUGUUUUUGUUAUUGGUUACUGAUAGUACUGCCUCUUACAUGUAGUUUUUUUUUAAGUUAUUUUUUUUUUUGUUAGUAUGUAUUCUUUUGUAUGUCAACAUUGGUGUCCAUUUCUGCAAAUUCGAAAUUACUGAGUUUCGAAUAACUUUCCAGAGAAAAUUUCUCAUGAAUUGGGAUGUGCCUAUCAUUGAAAAGUACUGGAAGAUGCUGUAAUGGUGUAUUAAUAGUGUAUUUGAUUCAGCGGAUAUAAAAUUCAGUACACUUGUUGCUGAUGCCUUGUAUGGCGUAAUCAUGAAUUAGUGCUACUGUGUUCUAUAAUAAUGGAGAAAUAGAAAAUUUCUUAUUUUUAAUGCAAAUCGUAAAUUAGUGCUUUUGCCUUUAUAGUGCCAGAGGCGCUAAGAUAUGAAUCCAGAGAUGGUGCAGAUCUACUGACGGUAGAUGUCUGAUAAAGACAGCUAGUAUACAUUUCUUUUUAAACUACUUACCAGAAUAUUUAAUCUGUAAGACUUGGAUGUCAGUGUUAAAUAUGAAGGCUGUUUCAUUUGUUCAUUUCAUGGUUGUGAAUAUAUUAAAUCAUCAUGCUAUGCAUUGAACUUCAAAAUUAUCAGAUAUAUAUGACACAAUAUGAUAAAUGAAACAAAAUUACAGAAUCUAAAAUGUUGAAGAAAUAUUCCUCUUACAGAAUUUUUAUUUUAGAGUAUGCAGAUAUGUUAUGAAAUACUGUGUAUAUUCAAUAACAUUGUGAAAUAUUGAUCCAUGAUCUAAACUUAAUUAGUAGGUCAAACUUUGUAUGUGUAUUAUAAUUAUAGAAUACAUUGUUUGAAAAACAA